AUGCUCUUCGAGUUCUACAAGAGCAAGUCGGCCAAGGCGCCCAAGCAACAGGAGUCGUCGUCGGGUGAGUACGGACCCGGUCAGGUGUCGCCCACAUCCGGUGAGACUCUCGAACCUUCGAGCAUUGCCGCGAUUGCCGUGUACGGCGCUGCCUCUGAGACGGCUUCAAAAAACUCGAUGGCUGAUGAAAUGCAACAACAACAACAACAACAAUCGGAGCAACUGGGAGCUGCCGCUCCAGCUGGCCCAUUUCAUCCACGCCCCAAGCAUACACAAACAACCAAGACAGCGGCAGUGGAGCCAAUGGAUACAGCUGUGGGCAGCGUUACCGCCAUUCCCACCUCGGUGUUGGUGGCCAACAAUGCGGCACCCAAGCCACCGGCUGCUGCCAUCGCGGAGGCAUUGAUGCGUAACGGAUUGCAUAGCUUCCAGCAGCAGUUGCGUGCCCAGGAGAUUUUGCGCCAGCAGACGCCACAUCGUCGUCUGCACGAGGAGCACAACGGGGAUCAUGAGAUGAACGGCGAUGAGGUGACGCCCACCAAGAUAUUGGAGAAUCUGUUGCGCAAGCAGCAGCAGCGCAGCAUGCGGCACUCGGAGUGCGAGAAUGAACCCGGCUCCUCCACCGAGGACGAUGAGGACGAUGCACGCUAUCAUGCCUUCGACGACAUACAGCUGAUGGAGCAGUCGGGUGGCAUGGCUGGUGGCAAGUUUGGCAACUAUUCGAUGAGCAUGUUCGCCACCACGGCCACGGCGAACAGCUCGGCGGGAUCGAUCAAGGAUGCCCAGGCUCAGGCCUUUCGCCAGCUGGAGUUCACACUGAGCGACUAUGGCGGCAGCAGCAGCAACGGCAGCAUCACCAGUCCCAAUGGCCUUGGGCUGGAUGGCGAGCCGGUUUAUGAGUGUCGCCACUGUGGCAAGAAGUAUCGCUGGAAGUCGACCUUGCGUCGCCACGAGAAUGUCGAGUGCGGUGGCAAGGAGCCAUCGCAUCAGUGUCCCUACUGUCCAUACAAGUCCAAGCAGCGCGGCAAUCUCGGUGUCCAUGUGCGCAAGCAUCACACGGAUCUCCCUCAGUUGCCCAGCAAACGUCGCUCCAAGUACUCCAUGAAAAUGGAUGGCGGGGGAAUAAGUCUGAGUGGUUCGAUGUCCGAUGAUUCGCAGGGUAAACUGAUCAUUGACUGCAAUAAGUGA